UAUUACUAUUAUGAUAAUCAGGGACCAAGUUGUCUGAGGAUUGUUUCAGAUAUGGAGUUGAGAACGUUGAUGACAAGAGUCUAGCUAAGGCUGCAUCUCUAUAUGGCGAUACCCGGAAACAUAUGGAACAGGAACAAGAAGACUUUAAUAGGCAAUUAUUUUCUCAGAUUUUAGAACCAUUGAGAGCAAUGGUAACUCGGGCUCCUUUGGAGGAUGCUCGUCAUCUUGCUCAACGUUAUAGUCGAAUGAGACAAGAAGCAGAGACACAGGCAGCAGAGGUUUCUAGAAGACAUGCUCGAGUAAGGGAAGCUCCCAUUCCUGAAAAUGUGGCAAAGCUUCAUGCAGCAGAAUCUAAAAUGCAUGAAUUGAAAGCAAAUAUGGCAGUACUGGGUAAGGAAGCCGCAACUGCAUUGGCUUCUGUAGAAUCACAGCAGCAAAGGUUGACAUUCCAGAGGCUUGUUUCAUUGGUUGAAGGUGAAAAAUCAUAUCAUGAAAGAAUAGCUACCAUUCUUGGUGAGGUUGAAGCUGAGAUGGUCUCAGAGAAACAACGAAAAGAGUCUGCUCCUCCUGUAAUUCCAUCCACCUACAGCUUAGAGAAAACAAAGUACUUCUUGGCUGAGGUAUUUUCUAAAUUUCAUGAAUUUCUGGCCAUUAAAGGAUAUGUUUCCAAUUCCCAACUAGCUUCGGGGAGGAUUUUAUUUAUGGUAGAAUUACUGGAAAGUCCCUUUUCAGGAACUUGCUUACUUGUGAUCCAAUAA